AUGACUUCAAAGAGCUCUUGUACUUGCCGGUGCCUCUGCCAGCAGAAAACCGCACUGUGUCAUUUCCACCCAUUUGACUGUUCGUCUAUCCCCUGGACGCCCGAACUCAUCUCUUGGGGACCGCAUCCCCAUUCCUCAAACCCCAGUCUGCCGGAAAAAGGCAUAACGGCUAAUGAAGCACGCUUCUUCUGCCACUUCGUCACCGUCAUACCUCAUGUCUUUGUCCUCGUACCCCCGGAAAUUCCCCCACCGCGGCCAUCAGAUCCGGAGCCGGAGUCAUUCAUGUCUGUGAUUUUCCGGUUGAGUACACGGGAUCAGAUGGUCUUAAAGGCCGCGCUUUGUCUUGGGGCAUCGCAUCUGGGCCGGUGUUUGUGCCCUAUUGGUGCCGAAGGAGAGAGCGAAAGUCUUUCCGUCGAGAAGACAAGGUUGGCCGAAAAUGCCGAAGAAGAAUUAUCACGGCGCGUCGAUGCUUUUCGAACCGGUCUGAUGCGAGAGCAGGAUAUAACGCAACACUCGGAAGAGCAGACAGAAGCAGAAGCCUUGAUUAGCAGCUACUGCUUGCUCUAUCUGUAUAAUGUUUCAGAAGGAAUUGGCAACGGGGCUUGGCAGGAGCGAUUGAACGGGGCAAGUGAUGUUCUGCUCGAGCUUCUCAAUAACAGAGAGAUUGUCCAGGGGAUUGACAGAGAGGACUCCGAAGGAGGCGCAUUACCUAGCCAACGUGCGUUUGUGGAAUUCUUCAGCUACCAUUAUACGCUUGGAGGCGUGACGAGCCAUCUACAAGCGAGUAAAGACACACUAACCCCGAGCUGGAGGCGUAUGUUCGCAGGAUGUUCGAGCGCGAGGAACGGGCUGUUGCCGCUUGGUCUGAUUGCACAAAUUUCAGCUUUACGUUCGGAAGCUGAGACGGCGCCAUCAGCGUCCAUGAUUGUUCGAGCCGUUGAAAUCUGGAAAGACCUCGAUGAUUGGGGACAUGCCAUCGAGCUUCCGUCCGAUGAUCAUGCCAUUUCCCGCGCCUACACCACCGCAUGCUUCAUCUGGCUGUUUUCCAUCCUGUAUCCGGAAAGUAUUAACGACGAUAGAGUGCAGGCCGUGCUUUGUUGCCGGCGUCGCCUGUACGCGGCAGGAGGAUAG